AUGCGUGCAGCCGCCUUAGAGGACUGGCAUGUGCCGACAAUAUUCGCUUCCUUGCCUUUACUCCUUCAAAUAGCGCUGGUCCUAUUUUUUGCUGGAAUAAUCGACUUCCUGCUCUCGCUUUCAGUUCUGAUCGGCAUUCUUGUGGGCAUCGUGCUCGGUCCGGCAGUUAUUUUCAUCCUUCUCACCACCGUCCUUCCCGCGCUGCAAUGCUUUGCAAUUUCUCUUCGCAUCCCUUCUUCCAACGCCACCGUCCCUUCGCCCUGCCCUUACAAGUCCCCUCAAGCCCUCAUCUUCCGCCGGUUACUCACCAUGUCGAGACGGUUGUUUGACCUGAUGCACAGCGCAUCCAUGUCCACCAAAUAUUACCUACUUUUCUUCGAUAAGUCGUUCCUAUUCGCUCAUCGUAGCCUGAAAAUCGCGGCGUGGCGGUACCGGCUCUUCCCUGAUCGUGCGUAUCUCUUCUGGGCUCAACGAACAUGGGUAGACUUCGAUCGGACAUGGCUGAUACUCCGUAACGAACACUUCGAUAUCACUCGCAAACGAUCGAGUGGCGACCUUUCCGCUCAGUCUAUGAACACCGAACCUAUCUACGACUCUAUUCGGGGCCUAGCAAGCGCUGCACAGGGCAACGAACAUCACGAAAACAUCAUUUUCUCCGUUUAUCACUGCUUUCAAGACCUCUCCCAGUCAAUGCUCGUUGAGGAAUGCGAGUAUACGCAUCAUCACCUUCAAGCCUGUUUCCGUGACUUGGUACCAACGUGGAAUUCGCCGAUCGCGAACAUUGCUUCACUUCUGGAAAGUCCCUCCCUCGACCUUCUUCACGAUAUACACACGGUUCUCUUUCUUCGUGUGCCAGGCAUUUUCUACAAGGCAAUCAAUCCUGCUCAUGUCCUCGGAAGACACAUGCUUGAACUACAAACACGUAUAUUGGUCUAUCUGUACGCGGAUGAACCCCGAAGGCUUGUCAGCAACGCCCUGGACAGUUCAACAGGAUUCUUUCAUUGGUACACAAUCAACAUGGCCUCACUCAAUAUGUCCCCAGAAACGCAAGAUGCUUUCCUACAACCACAAUUUUUCGCUCUUUUCAAGUCGUUCGUGGGGCAGGCGUCCACUAUCUCAUGCCCGGACGACGUAGGCAACACAUUCCACACGCACCCGGACCUCGACGACUUCGUCUCUCUCGCAUCCUUCCUUAUAUGGCAUAUAGCUGAUCGAACACCCGACAGCCAGGCCUGCCUUAUUACGCUCUCUUCGACGCUGGAUCUCAUCGAGGAUGGACUCUCCGCACCAGACAAAAGCUCUCAAGCAGGUUUCGCCUCCCAUCAUGCCGACUUCCUUUUCUGGUGCGCAACACACCUUCUCAAGCGACUGUGGCAGGAACGACCCAGCCAGCGACGCUCCCGGUCGGCUAACGGCCGAUCGCUGCUUCAACAGCUGGCGCGGCGCUUCGAUGUGCUCCAGAAGGACGUUCUCGCGCGGUACGAGGACGUACACCUGGACACGCUCAGAAUUGCCCACAGAAGGAUGUUGACUACCCUCCAGAGUCCGUCCAACUACUUCACUCAUGGUGGACGGGACUUUCGGUGCUAUGCUCGGGAACUGGGCUCAUACUCCGCUGAUAAGCCUGGCGACGAGGAUGACGACCCUCUUCAGAUGGAUAUCGCCUUGGAACCUGCGAAGAGCCUUAAGCCUGACGUUGUGUCUCUAGAUCUGGAGACUGCAGGCCAUCGCGUAAUUUCGUACGACGAGGAGUUAAGGCCUGUAACAACCAUGCCAGGCGUUGAUUUUGCAAAUCUCAACCCCAAGGCAGAUGAUCUAGUAUGA